AUGCCCCCAGUGAGAAAGAAGACCACUGAGUCUACUAAACGUCAUACAUUCUCUUCCUUUAGGGACAGAGUUGAUUCCAUCAAAAUAGAACCAAUUCGAAGUUUAACUAAGCGUCCAUAUGACUACACCGAAACCUCCCAUUUCUUAACUACUUUAGAGCACUGGAAAGAAAUCAACUUGAGCGGGAAUUUUACUGAGUUUUUAGAUAACGUCGAGAUACACAGCCAGUCAUUGCCUCAGAUUAUUCACCAUCAGAAACUAAUCUAUGACUGUUUGCAUGACAGCAUCAAGAAGAAUGACGUCUAUUCUAUCCAACCUUUGUUGGAACUUCUUUCCCAGUUUAUUCACGAUUUAGGCCCCGACUUUUUAGUGUUUUACCAGCAGACUCUAACCUUGUUAACCGACUUGGUAUUACAAGUCAACCCAAACGACUUUCAAAACAAUAGAAACACCUCAAACGUGUUGGAAUGGGCAUUCAAUAGUUUGACAUUUACGUUCAAGUAUUUAUCCAGGUAUUUGACUCAAGAUUUAAAACCAACAUUCACUGCAUUACUUCCCAUCUUAAAGUUGACCAAAAAGACAUACAUAUCAAGAUUCUGUGCCGAAGCUUUGUCGUUCUUGAUUAGAAAACUGAAUAGCGAAUCCUUGAAGGAAAUCAUAGAGCUUACGUUGUAUGAUCAAGAUUUAACCGAUCCCUAUUGCGAAAGUUUGACCACUUUGUUCAGCGAAUCAAUGAAAAAUACCAAGGGAACUUUCCAUAGCAAAUCUAGUCUCAUAUUUGCUACCUUGAUCGAAGCAACCUUGAACCAUCCUUCGGAUAAUUCGGCCCAACCAAAACUCAUUGGGUUGAUUUGUGAUGUUAUCUUGGAUAUACUUCACCACGGAACCCCUGAAUCCUGUGGUAAGUUUUACGAAUUAGUAACAAAGUAUUUGAAUGAAUUGUUAACCAAAAAUGCCACUACUACCGCCUCAUUAACCACCAGUCAAAUCUUAUCCACUUUAGCAUUUGCUGAAUCAGGUAAGAAAAUCACUAAUUGGAAUAUUCUUCUUGAAUCAGUAGACAAUUUAAUCUCAAAGUUACAAGGACAAGUCUUAUCUUCUGAAUUGCAUGAAUCUGUUACUUAUUUGUUGGUCAUUGUAUUCCGUAAUAGUGACGUGGGAGAAAUUACCAAAUACCACAAGAAAUUCCUUGAGUUUAUCUUCACCACUUCAUAUGGGUUAAUAUUCACACAAUCAAGUACCACUAUUGCUCCUAAAGUUUUAAACUUUGGUGUAUUCAAAUACGUUCAAGAUUGGAUAGAUAGACUUGAAUAUGAUACUACUCAACUACAACAACUUGCUUAUUUCUUGGAAAAGCUGGAUCAAGAAUUUACCUUACCUGGUAGAAUUGUUAGUAACAUUAUGGAACAACUAACUGGGGAAGAUAUUUAUUGGAAAUUACUUUUGUUGAGUCACGCCAAAGCUAGUCUCGAUGAAGAUACAUUGUUAAAAUUAUUAGAGUUAACCCAGGAUGAUGCUGAAGUUGCAGCUCUCGUAUUACAAAUUGCUACUGAAAACAAGAACAAGGAUUUCCAAUCACAAGUAUUCACGAUAAUAGUUGACUCGUUUGAUAAGUUUUAUACAUCUGCAGGCUAUAUUAAGGCAUUAACUCAGUUCGUUCAACAGUCUAAACCCCAAGAUACUUCCUCAAUCUUGACUACUGCAUUAAAAUGUUUAUACCAACCAAAUCAUGAUACCAGAUCUAAUGCGAUUGACUUAAUAAUGACUAUAACUGAAUCACCAUACUUGUCUCCUAUUUCUUCAAUCGAAGCGACUCCAUUGACCAUUGCUUCAAGUAGAGAUAUUAUCCACAAUAUUAGAAACUUGGCGUUAGACUUUCAAAAGAAUGUUAAACCUACCCAAUUAGACAAGACAAUUAUAGUUAACUACUUGUUUGGUUUACUUUCAAACAAAUUUCAACCAUGUUGGAAUGCCGUGAAUGAAGCAUUACCAUUGAUUAGUUCCAGUUGUAAGUUAGAAAUUUGGAAUUUAGCAUAUGAGUUAUUGAAUGUUUCUGGUGAUGAACAUUCAACCAAUGAUCAAUUCCUUGUUGAAAGUGACUUGAUUAAUUGGCAGCCUAGAAAUUCGAGAUUAUUCAAUAAUUUUGAACUGUUUGAUAGAGAUUAUUUGUCUCCUUAUAGAAGUAUCAACCAUUCAAUUGCAGGAUUACUUAACAAAGACUACUCAUUCAGUUCUAUCCUUAGACCUAAUAUCUUACAAGCAUUAAUGACUGUACCUAAUGUUGUUGAUGUAAGCAAGUUAAUUCCAAUCCUUAUUAAUCAACCAGACGAAGAAGAAGAAGUAUUAUGGUCAUUGAAAGACAGAAACGAAUUGCUUAACUUGUUCACUAAAUUAAAGGAUUUAAGAAAGUCCCCCCAAGCAGAUGACUUACGUGAAUACCUUUUGAACUUGUUAUCAAGUAAGAAUCUCCGUGUUCAACAAUUAGCAUUAGACGUUUUAUUCACGUGGAAUAACCCUUCAAUCAACAAGUAUAAGGACAAUUUAAAGAACUUAUUGGAUGAAACUAUAUUCCGUGAUGAAUUAUCUAAAUUCUUGGCUAGAGAUUCAAGUUCAACUAUUGAAGAUAAGGAUUUAUCUGAACUUAUGCCAUUUGUGGUGAGAAUACUUUUCGGUAGAGUACAAGGAUCUCCUAGAAGUAAUAGUAAACAGGGUAAAAAGUUUGCUAUUAUUAAUGUUUUGCCUAAUUUGAAGGAUGAUGAUAUUGUUGCAUUCAUUCAACUUGGUGCUAAUAAGAUCGGUUACAAGGAAUUUUUUGAAGGUGUUGUUCCUAGAGCUAGUUUAGGUUUGGAAAAGUCAAUUCUUAAUAAGAUUAACGGUUUUGUUAAUCUUUUGACUCAGGUGUACGAAACGCUAGGAUCAAACUUUGCUAACGUCUUACAAACUACUAUUAACCCAUUGGUAUACUCAUUAGUGUGUGCCCAAAAUAGAAUUGAUACUGCUUCUGAAGAUGUGAUUUCUGAUAAGAUAGCCAGAAAUAUUAGACUGAAUGGUAUGAAGUGUUUAUAUGAAUUGUUUCAACUUUUAGGAGCUAGCUUUGACUGGUCAGAAUAUGUCGAUGUGAUUUAUGCCAAUUUGAUAUCACCAAGAAUGGCCAGUUUCGCCACUGAGAAUUUACAACAGCCAUCGUCAUUGCUUAAUGUCAUGACUAGCUGGAUCAACAAUUCAAACACCUGGAUAUUCUUGAAUGCCGAUGAGUUUACCCCUACUAAGGCCGUGCUUUCUUUGCUUGGUCACAAUGCUAAAGAAGCUGUGCUAGGAAAAGUAUUAGAUUUUACUGUUGAUGCCUUGGAAAGAAAAGACAAUAUGGAUGAGCAAUUCUUUACAUUGUUGGCAUUGGUAGUUGAUUCUUUGUUAACUAACUUAUCGAAUAUCAUUGAGGGUAUAACUAGUAAAGAAAUUGGUUCUAAAGCUAUAAAAUCUUUGCUUUUGUUGAUUUCUGGUAAUUACAUGGAUGAUCAAGAAACCAAAAGUGCAUUAAUUAAAGCAUUAGUUGUUGCUUUGAAUAAUAAUCAAAUUGAUUUGAAUGACAAGGCCAACAUUUUGAUCUCCUUGGCUGCUUUGAUUGAAAGUUAUGAAUGUACUGCCGAGGAGAUACUUCCAUUAUAUGAAACAUGUUCUAAGUUGUUUAGAAUGUUUAAUGAGAGAAACUUACGUGAAACAUUGGUUGGUGUGUUUAUUGCUAUUGGAAAUAAGUUUGACAAGUUUGCUCAAGUUUCACAGUUACUUUUUGGACUUAAUGCUUAUUCUACAUCUAGAUUACAGGAACUUGAUUUUGAAAAGAGAUUGGAAGCAUUCAGAUUAAUCACAGAAGAAAUAUACUUGGAAUUGGAUACUACCCAAUGGUUACCUAUCAUUUACAACUGUUUGUACUUUAUUAAUGAUGCUAACGAAUUAUCUAUCAGAAUCAAUGCUUCAUAUGUGUUACGUCGUUUUAUUGAUUGUUAUUCCGCUAAACCAGCUGCUGAAGAAGCUGCUCCAUACAUUCAAAUCUUGAAGAAUGUGAUAUUACCUAAUUUGAAAGUGGGUAUCCGUAAAGAUAAUGAAGACAUUCAGUCAGAAUACAUUUCGGUGUUAGAACACCUUGUUCAUUCGAACCAUUAUACUGAAUUGCAAGACAUGCAAGUCCUCACCUAUGACAAUUAUGAUGAAGCCAAUUUCUUCAAAAAUAUUAACCAUAUUCAAUUGCAUAGACGUCAACGUGCAAUUAGAAGAAUGAUUGAAAACGCCAGUGGGUUGUCCGAGAAUAGUAUUGCCCAUUAUAUCUUGCCCAUGAUUGAAAGGUAUGCCGUUCUGAAGGACGAAAAGUUGAUGAAUGUUGCCUUGGAAGCCAUGGCUGCCAUCAAGAGCUUAGUGGUGUUGAUCAACUGGAAUCAGUAUAAGGCUAUUCUCAAGAGAUAUGUUUCUAAUUUGAAAGAUCACGAAUCGUUGAAACAGAGAGUUAAUUUGAUUGUGGUCGCUUCUGGUGGAUUGGCCAGUUCGGUCAAGAACCAAGAAGGCAGUUUGGCACAGUCGCUUCCAAACCAAGAAGAAAUUGAUGAUGUUAUUUUAAAGGAUGUUUCUCCGGCUAUUUUGAAAGUGUUGAAUGUUAGAGAUGAUGAUACUAUUGUUGCAAGAGCACCAUUGGCUGAAGCAUUGUCUAACUUUACCUUGUGUAUAUCUAAAGAUAAGAUUGAUUCUGAGUUACCAAAGAUCUUAACUAACACCUGUCAAGUUAUGAGAUCUAGAUCCGAAGAAUUGAGAGACGCCAUUAGAAAAACAUUAGGUAAGAUUGCAACUACUUUAGGUCCAGACUACCUCCCAUUCAUUGUUAAGGAAUUAAAGACGGCAUUAUCUAGAGGGUCACAAAUUCACGUGUUGAGUUUUUCGGUUCAUUACUUGUUACAAUGUAUUGCAUCUAGUUUAAUCCAUGGUAGCUUAAAUGAAGCUAUUGAUUUACUUAUGGAGAUUAUCAUGGAGGAUAUUUUUGGAAGUGCUGGUCAAGAAAAGGAUGCUGAAGGAUAUACAAGCAAGAUGAAGGAAGUCAAAUUCAAGAAGAGUUUUGAUACCGUGGAAAUCAUUGCUGCUAAUAUCAGUUUGAGCCAAUUUGCUCAUUUGUUAGAUCCGAUUAAGCUUAUUCUUAAGGAACACGUAUCAUACAAGACCCAACUUAAUCUUGAUGAAUUAUUGAGAAGACUCAGUUUAGGAUUGAAUCAUAAUGAAGAAUCAUCAAACCUUGAAAUCUUGCAUCUUUGUUAUGAAAUAUUCACGCUGUCUAAUCCUGAAGAUACCAAGAAGAAACCAGUUGAACCGACCGAACAAGAAAAGCAUUUCUUGACUAAUCUUGAAAGAAAGAGCAAGGUUACUCAUAAGGACACUUCGAUUUACCAACAUACCAUGGAAAAGCUUUCCCUUGAACUUUUACGUACCGCUAUUUCGCGUCAUGAUAACUUAUUAACUGUGGGUAAUUUGUCUGGGUUUGUUCCAUUGUUGGAUGAGGCAAUUAGAUCUGAAAACGAAGCAGUUGUGACUAGUGCUUUAAAGAUUUUGAACGCCAUUGCAAGAUUACCAUUCUCGGAAGAACAACAGAAUACCUUCAAGUCAUGUGCAAGAAGAUCAUUGAUCAUAAUUAAGGAAUCACCAUCUACCAACCUGGACUUGUGUCAAGCAGCACUCAAGCUCUUGGCUACUACCAUCAGGCAUACUCCAGAAAUCAACCUUAAGCAAUCAGCAAUUAGUUAUAUUCUUACUAGAAUCCAACCAGAUUUAGAGGAACCACAAAGACAAAGUAUUGCAUUUAAUUUCUUGAAAGCAGUUGUUUCUCAACAUAUUUUAAUUCCAGAAAUUUAUGAUCUUAUGGACACAGUUGCGAAAUUGAUGAUUGUUAAUCAUUCUCAGGAAAUCAGAGCCAUGUCGAGAAGCGUAUAUGUGCAAUUUUUGAUGGAAUAUGAUCAAGGUAAAGGAAGAUUAGAAAAGCAAUUUAAGUACCUUGUGAAUAACUUGACAUAUCCUACUGAAGAAGGUAGACAAUCUGUUAUGGAAUUGGUUCAUUUGAUCAUCUUAAAAGCAGGAUCUGACUUGUUACAUAAGUUAGCAUCCUCAUUCUUUGUGGCAUUGUCGAGUGUUUUAGUUUCUGAUUCUUCUGCUAAAUGUCGAGAAAUGGCGGGUUCUUUGAUAUCAUCAAUUUUCAAAAAGUUGGAUAAUGAAGGAAUGGCAAAUAUUGAAAAGUAUUGUACGGCAUGGAUGAAACAAAAUGGUAACUCCCUUCUUAAACGUUGUGGAUUUAGUGUUUAUCGAUUAUUCGUGACUGGUUUUGGUAUUGGUAAGUAUGAAACCCUCGACAAUAUUGCUCAUGAAAACAUCCUUGCUGUGAUAGAAUCAGCCAAGAAUAGCGAAGAUAAUGAUUUACAAUGGGAAUUGUUAUAUUCUGCUCUUUCCGUGUUUAGCUCAAUUGCAUCAGCAAUCAAGGAUAAGGUACUUGAAAAGAGCUAUGCUAAGAUUUGGUAUGCACUUAUUGACGUUUUAUUAUUCCCUCAUUCCUGGAUUAGAUUAAUCUCAUCGAGAUUGAUUUCUAUUUUGUUAUCAAACAUAGACAAUUUAGAGUUUGAAGUUACUAAUCGUGAAAUUCAAAUGAUUGCAUUUAGGUUGAUUCAUCAAUUGAGAGCUCCAGGUAUAACUGAAGAAUUGGGAUUGAUCACUUCAAAGAACUUAGUGCUUAUCGCUAUGCGUUGGGAAAGUGAAGAAACUGAUUGGGAAAUUGAGGAUAAUGAAGAUGAAGAAGAGGAAACUACUUCUAUCAAAGCCAAUGAUUACUUGCUUGGAAAGAUCAGUGGUAUUAUUAGACAAGAAACUUUCCAAUCACUCGUUGCUAAGAAGGCAUGUAUUAAAUUAGCAGCCAUGUUCAUUCAAUUUACAUCUGAAGAAAGGUUACUUCAAGUUGCCGAAACUAUCAUUUCCAGUUUAUACAACUUUACUGAUCCAAAUUAUGCCUCUGAUGAAGAGCUUACGGGUUUGAGUUUGGAAAGUUUGGAUUUGGUCAAGGAAAAGAUUGGUACUAGUGAAUAUACUCGUAUUUACACCAAAUUGAAACUGCAAGUUAAUGUUAGAAGAAUGGAAAGAAAAGCCAAGAGAGCACAGAUGUCGGUAUCAGUUCCUGAGAUUGCUGCUAAACGUAAAUUAAAGAAGCAUGCUAGAUCAAGAGAAAAGCGUAAGCAUGAAAAGGAUGCUAAUGGGUUUUACAAAAGUAAAAAGAAGAGAGUUAACUAGUGUAUAUAUUUAAUAAACUAUUCAGUUAUAAUUUUAGGAGUUUCUUCCUCUUCUUUGAUGUCCUCCUCUUCUUGCACAGGAUCAGUUUCUGGUUCAUCUUUGACGAUUGGAGUUGCGGCUUCUUCUACUGGGGCUGCUACUUCCUCGACAGGUUCCGGUACUUCGCUGUCUACUUCUGGUGUUUCAGUAUCUAACUUCUGCCUUUUUGCUUCAGGUUCCUCCACUUCUUCCGUUCCUUGUUUCUUUUGAUUAUAUAUGGCCAUUUCACGUUGAUAUCUGUCUCUGUCAUCUUCAUACAACUUGUAAUAAGGUUUUCUAUCUUCUUCGUUCAACAACUUCCAAGCUUCUGUCAUACUCUUGCUUAAAUCGUUGGUUACGCCAGGGUUCUUUUCUUCAUUUUCUUGUUUAAUUCGUUCCUUUUCCAUUUCACAGAAUAUUAAAUAUGCAUUUGUAGGACGUUUAGGUAAAUCUGGAUCUCUAACCUUGGCAACUUUUGGAGUUGGUGCGGAUUCUGCCGACGAGGAGGCCGGUUUCCUCUUGAUUUGUUUUUUGGCCAAUCCAUUCUUUUUGGUCAAGGUUUCAUCCAAAACACUGGGGGUAGGAGGACAUGCCAUUUCUUCAAAUCCGACAAUUCCUUCCGGUAACAGAGUAGCUCUUUCUUCUAAUCGUUCUAAUAAUAUCACAUAUUCCAAUCGUAAACGACGUAUGGCUGCUUGAGUUCGGGAUAAAGCCAAUGUUGCAAUUUCAUUGCUUUCUUCAAUCUC